CGACAGCCCACAGUUACUCGUCCACUCUUACUACACAGUGAGCUUUUUGCAGUGUUUUAUUUAUUGAUUCUCUUAGUUCUCGUUUUCAUCGGAGAAAAAAAAAGGAGAAAAGUCAAAAACAAAAAUUUCAUGGCUCGGAAAUUCUUCGUCGGUGGCAACUGGAAAUGCAAUGGGACAACUGAGGAGGUUAAGAAGAUCGUUACAACAUUGAAUGAAGCUGAAGUUCCUUCUGAGGAUGUUGUGGAGGUUGUUGUGAGCCCUCCAUUUGUUUUUCUUACCUUUGUGAAAAGUCUGUUGCGGUCUGAUUUCCAUGUUGCUGCUCAGAACUGUUGGGUUCGCAAAGGUGGUGCUUUUACCGGAGAAAUUAGUGCUGAGAUGCUUGUUAAUCUGAGCAUUCCAUGGGUUAUCAUCGGUCACUCUGAAAGAAGGGCUCUCUUGAAUGAGUCCAAUGAGUUUGUUGGAGACAAAGUAGCGUAUGCACUUUCUCAAGGCUUGAAGGUUAUUGCCUGCAUUGGGGAGACUCUUGAAGAGCGAGAAUCUGGCUCUACCAUGGCUGUUGUUGCUGCGCAAACCAAAGCAAUUGCUGGAAAAGUAACAAAUUGGGACAAUGUUGUUUUGGCUUAUGAACCUGUUUGGGCCAUUGGAACAGGGAAAGUUGCAACCCCUGCUCAGGCUCAGGAAGUUCAUUGCGAGUUGAGGAAAUGGCUUCAUGAGAAUGUUGGCGGUGACAUUGCUGCAUCAACUAGAAUUAUAUAUGGAGGUUCCGUAAAUGGAGCAAACUGCAAGGAAUUGGCCGCACAACCCGAUGUUGAUGGCUUUUUGGUUGGUGGAGCUUCUCUAAAGCCCGAGUUUGUUGAUAUCAUCAAGGCCGCGACGGUGAAAAAGAAUUAGAAGUUGAAAAGCAGGAAUUAAAGGUGAAACAGAAACAACCUUCUGGGAAACUUUAAUUUUUGUAGUUGAGAUCUUUCCUUGGAACCUAAUGUCUGUUGAAAAUUUCCCGAUGUAAUAAGCCAAAUUUAACAAUGUGUUUUUUCUUUUUUGGUGGUGGUCGAGGCAUUGAUCCUCAUUUCGGACUUUCCCUGAAUUUACCUCACAAAUUGCAAUUGCUCUAA